CUUCCGCGAUUGUACAAUGUGUACAAGGAAAUGGGAAUUGUAACGUCAUUUCAGAACAUUCUUGAUAAUAUCUUUCUUCCUCUGUUUGAGGUUGUUGGGUUGGAUUUGGUGGAUGAUGAAAGCAAGCCUGAAGGACGCCCCACAAAACAUAUGCCUACACCGGCUCAGUGGACUAAUAUAUUCAAUCCUGCAUUCUCAUACUAUGUGUACUACUGUUACGCAAAUCUUUACACUUUAAAUAAGCUUCGUGAGUCAAAGGGCAUGACAACUAUUAAAUUCCGUCCACAUUCAGGGGAGGCCGGCGAUAUCGACCACCUUGCUGCAACAUUUCUUACGGCUCAGAAUAUUUCUCACGGAAUCAAUUUGAGGAAAUCUCCUGUACUUCAAUAUUUGUAUUACUUGGCUCAGAUUGGUCUGGCCAUGUCUCCUCUGAGCAACAACUCCUUAUUUUUGGACUACCAUCGAAACCCUUUACCUAUGUUUUUCUUAAGGGGCCUCAAUGUUUCCCUUUCUACUGAUGAUCCGCUACAAAUCCACUUGACCAAAGAGCCCUUGGUGGAAGAAUACAGUAUUGCUGCAUCUGUUUGGAAGUUGAGUUCAUGUGACCUAUGUGAAAUAGCCCGUAACUCAGUCUACCAAUCAGGUUUCUCACAUGCUCUGAAGUCCCACUGGAUUGGGAAGGAGUAUUACGAGAGAGGACCUAAUGGAAAUGAUAUUCACAAGACAAAUGUGCCACAUAUACGGCUGGAAUUCCGUGAUAUGAUAUGGAGAGAGGAAAUGCAAAAAGUUUAUCUGGGGAAUGCCAAUUUUCCUAAAUACAGAGACCCAUAAUGCGCUUAGCUUGUACAUUUGCAGAUUCACCAUUUCUUACAUUUCCAGAGGGCAGGGCAGGGCAAAAAGCAGAGGCCAUACCAUGGAGAUCAGUGGCUGAUAUAAAUGAAAAUGCAGUCUUGAUGUCUUCAGCAUUUCAGGAAGAGCUUGGGGCCAGAAUAAAAGACUAGAGAGCCAGCUAGUUUCAACCUGGUACAUAUAAGCAUAAAACUACGCUAAGUUAUUUUAGUUUUUAAAUGUUAUCAAUGACAAAAUAAUACAUCAUUAGUGGAUUUUGUAUUAUAACGAUUAUCAUCGCCAAGUAAAAUUUAUUUGCUUACAUUGUUCGA